AUGAUGUACUUUCUGCCUCUUCUCGCCCUUGCUGCGUGGUUCAGCAUUGUCUCUGCUGUCGACUUCAUAGCACCACAUGCACAGGCAGUGCUCGAUGUUACCUCUAGCAUCGAUAUCGAGUGGUCGUUCCCGGAGAACGCUACCUCAUACCUGCUAGGGACUGAUUAUAGUAUAUGGCUGUGUGCAGGAGGCAACGAAGAAAAGACUCAUGAACGCGUGGCACACCUAUUUAAGGGGACCAUCUUCAGCAACCCCGUUCAGACCUCUGUUGAGGUUGACCCUACUGUGGGAGGAGAGUAUCCCAAUGGCUACUUUCUGGAGGCUGUCCUAACUGGAAUGCAAGGGUACUCAUACCGCUUCACCCUCACUGGUAUGACGGGAUCCUUCUCGCCAAUAGUUGAGAAGGGGCUCCAAUUACUCCCUAAGCCGGAUGGAUCAGAAACACUUCGAAUCCAGGAACGUCAAGUUCCAGCUCCGGGUGCAGCAGUACCCCCAGCACCAGGCGCAGCCGACCCUCCAGUACCGGGUGCAGCCGAUCCCCCAGCUCCAGGCGCUCCAGUACCACCAGUGCCGGGAGCAGGCAAUCCCCCGGUACCACCAGGGGGCAAACCACCUGCCGGAGCACCACCUGCUGGAGCACCCCCAGCAGGAGUACCCCCGCCUGCUGCUGCACCUCCGCCCGCUGUACCGCCUCCAGCAGUUCCGCCACCGGCAGCAGAGCCAACGGUUAUCCAAAGUGUACCCUACUCGGAACAGACUGGGACCAUGAGAUUUGCUCCCAUGCCAAUGCAUCCACCAAAGAAAAUUUCUCUCAAAUCACCCAAACCUCAGUUUCCUACCAGUCCAUACAAAAUCGCUACUACCUUCCUCCCACCGCCUACUGUUAGGACUACCAUUUCUGCUUCUGUUGUCCAGACCGCCGAGGCCCAUGAAAACACUCAUGCUCCAGCAGAUAUGGACGAGGACAUGGCCAGGUUCCUCAAGCGAUGGCAAGAUUGA